AUGUAUUAUAAUUACAUAAACAGGUGCAUUGAAACUAUCGAAGGAUUUCCUCAAGAUUUGAGGGAUUAUUUGCAAACGUCAACUUUACAUGGUCUUCGAUAUAUCGGCGAAAAGAAGUUAACUUGGCUUGAAAGAUUUUUUUGGCUAACAGCAUUUCUAUGUUCUAUCGUCUGCGCGGGAUUCUUUAUCCUGAACGUUUACGCAAAAUGGCGGAAGUCACCAAUGAUAGUGAGCAUCAACCCGGAAGAUAUGCCACUUAACAAGCUUCCGUUUCCGGCACUUACGAUCUGCAAUGUUAAUCAGGCGAAAAAAUCUGUUGCGGAACGGUAUAUGGCUUCUGGAAAUUCCAUUGAAAAGAAACUACUUGAAAGUUUAUGUUCUACACAAACCGAUGCAGAUCUGUUUGAAGACACAAUUGCUGAGAGUGCGGAUUGGGACCACACGCGAUCAUUUCUUAUCAACGUAACACAACCGUGUGAGGAAAUGCUAGCAAUAUGCAUCUGGAGCUCUGAAAUAAUGAAAUGCCAAGAUCUCUUCAAUGCUCAGCUCACAGAUGAAGGCCUUUGUUGUACAUUUAACGUCGUACAUAGGGAAAUGAUGUUUAGAAAUCCAAGAGAUUUAAACGACAUGAAUAUAACAUUUCCAUCACCAGCUGUAGAUUGGACUCCGGAAAAUGGAUACCCUGACGAUGCUCCACAUGAUGGAUUUCCAUGGAAACCUCAAGGAAUCGGUACGGACCAUGGAUUAACAUUAAUACUAGAUGCAAACAUUGGUGAAUAUUACUGUGCUUCUACCAAAAGCGUUGGAUUUAAAAUUCUCCUGCAUAAUCCCACUGAAACCCCUAACAUUGCUAAAUUAGGAGAAAUUUAUGGACCAGGAAUUGAAGCUAGAGUCGCUGUAAAGCCACGGAUAUUGGACGCCCAACCUGCCUUGAAAUACAUUGACGUUAGUAAGAGAUUUUGCCUAUUUUCAAGUGAGCGGAAUUUGGGUUUCUACAGAACUUACACCUUCAAAAAUUGUCAAAUGGAAUGCGAAGCACGACGAAUGUUGGAAAUAUGCAAAUGCGUCCUUUAUUACAUGCCAAAAAACAAAACCACGCGAAUAUGUGGCAAAGCCGAUGCAAAGUGCUAUAGCGACAUAUGGAAAUAUUUUCCUAAAAACAAAGACCAAUCAUGCGAAGAUUGUCUUCCCUCGUGUACAGAAAUAUCAUACUUAGAACGGCUAAGCACAGCACCACUUAAUAAAAACCUCAUCAUUAAUUACGCGCAAAGCCUACAAAUGUCGCGUAACAUGACAUCGGAAUAUUUCACAGCAAAUAUGUUAGUCAUACAUUUCUACUUUGAGGACAAGACAUUCCUUAGGUUCACUAAAGGGGAAAUAUUUGGUUUGACGGAGUUUCUUUCUAAUACAGGCGGCUUGUUGGGUCUAUGCAUGGGUUUCAGUAUGAUGAGUGUUGUAGAACUGUUGUACUUUUUGACAUUACGAGCCAUGUGUGUCGCACGACGAAGGCAACGAGUUCGACCAUUUGUGAAAUAA